AGUCCUAAGUAGAUAUUUCAGAAUAAUAUGAACUCAACGAAGCGUGUUACUGGUCGGCCAAAUAGAGGAGGGGGAAGAGGCAAUAGAGGAGGUGGGGGUGCGGGACCUCCUGGUGGUGGAAGAGGUGGCCCAGGACCUACUGGUGGUGGACGAGGGGGUCAAGGACCACCUGGUGCCGGAAGAGGGGGUCCAGGACCUCCUGGUGGUGGAGGUCGAGGAGGUGGAAGACCUGCUGGGCCCCAAGGUGGAGGAGGAGGUCGGAAGGGUGGAGCAUCUGUGUGGGAUGAUGGAGAUGAUUUUGAGGUUGCUCCAACACAUCAGAUUGAAGAGGAGGAAUACAAAGAGAAGGAUAGAUUUAAGGUUGAAAUGCAGAGACUUCACAUGUCCCAGGAGGUUCAGGAUAUUGCUAAAGCAACAUUAUUCAAGAUAAAAGGAGAAGGAUUUAGGUUUUCUUCCCAUCAAUAUAAAGAUACAAACAGACGUCUGGACAACUCUUAUUGGGUCAAAGACAACAGACUUCUCAUCAGAGGGGUUCAGGACUUUAGCCAGGUUGAAGACGAUGAGGAGAAAACACAAAACUCUAUCUCAAGUUGGGGACUUAAAAGACUUUCAAGUCUAGGCUUUCAUAGUUCCCGAUGCAAGGAUGCACUGGUGAGUACUGAUGGUGAUGUAGGAGCUGCUACUGAACACCUUCUAGUACAAGCUUUUAACAUCAGAAGAUCUGAGGAACCGACGAACGAUCAUUCUCCUGGGGAGAUCGUCUCAAGUGAUAAACAACAGGAACCCGACUGUGAUACCCGUGAACUGCAUGAACUAAAGAAUGAUGAAAAAAUGGCGCUAGAAUCAAUUUAUGGUCCUGCUUUCACGGAAAAAAUACCCGAAAAGGUCUGGGAACUUAGAUUAGACCUGGAUUACCUGUACAGAUAUCUUCCUGGCAGUCAACACAAGGAAAAGAAGAGGGUUUACAAGCAGGAAGAACUCUGCAGGUUUUUCUUGAACGGGCACUGUAAAUACGGUAAAAAAUGCUUCAAAAUUCAUGCUGAGCCAGAGAAGGAAGAUAAGCAUCUAAAGGAAGAUGAGGAGGAGAGAAUAUUUAUUCUUGAAAUCAGAUUUCCUACUGGAUCAAGAUACCCAAAGGAUCCCUGUCUUGUAUUCAUAACAACCCCACUAUCCAAGUUUCCCACGGAAUACUGUAUACAGAUAACAUCUAGGUUGAUGAGUGAAUCUAAAAUACUAGCUGAAGAAGGAAUUCCGUCUGUAUUUUCUCUAGUUAGUAUCCUAGAGAAUCCUCAGGAUAUUCACACCCUUAUUGGGGGUCCACCCUCACACCUUAGUUUACCGGAAGUAAGUCCGGAUGAGUUUCCAGCUCCCCCGGAAGUUGAAGAGUGCAUACCAGAGCACAGGAACAAACAAUUAUGGAGUCUUGUACUAUGCACAUGUAUCAACUAUGGAACUUAAAUGAACGCGAUCAAU